UCUUCUUCAACUCUUGUACCUUCUGCCACACAUCCUGAACAACCAAGUGAUGGUCGUGAUGCUACGCAGGAUAGUAAUCCCUCACGAGAAAAUAACACACCACCUGAAGGUCCACAGAAGGAAACAGAAGGAGAGAAGAAAGAAACUCCAAAUGAACCACAACCCAAUUCUUCCGAUGGGUCCAAUACAACUGGCACUGGCAGUCAAGACAACAGUGCUGCGACGGUUCAGGAACAGAACACUGCUACACAGGAAUCUCAACCAAACAACGAUACAACUGAAACAACUAACGAAGCGAACACGAACCCUGACACUACCAAUACACCCAAUAAUGAUGAGGAAUCAACCACAACCACCACAACAACAACACUUCCUCCUGAACUCACAAACAACAAGAAGGGUGAUGCAGACAGCAGCAGCAGUAUCAGCAGUUCUGUGUGGGUGCGUGUACCACUACUGAUUGUGGUUACACUGGCCUGUAUUCUUGUUGUAUGCUGA